AUGAUAAUUCGCGUGCGCUCCAAGAAUGGCAUAUGGCGAAUCGAGAACCUAACACCAUCGUCCACUAUCGCAGAUAUCAAGCUGUGGAUUUUUGAACAGCACUCAAUUGCUCCGACGCAUCAGCGGCUGACGCUGGACCAGCAAGCCACGAUGCAGACUGCUGACACGCAGACAUUACGUACACUGCAAUUAGGCCACGGCGACAUGCUCUUUCUAGACUACGAAGGUCAAGCGGUUGCAACGGGUGGUACUAUCGGAACUAAAAUUAACGCAGACGGUACGCUAACGCGCGUGGAAUAUCAUGACCGUGCCGACAAGCAGGCUUUUCGGCCGGGGAUGAAGUCUUUGCGAGAUAUGAAGAUGCACUGGUCGCUAGGUGAAUUUAUGCGCAUGGAUGCUCAAUUUGAGUUUAAGCUCACCGCGCAAAAAGAGCCAGAGGUGACAAAAGUUCAUCUAGACGGCGCAAGUUGCAAUGACUUUCAGGCAUAUUUGCGUCAAUUUGCCUUUCAGCAGUCGCGUUGUGGUUGGCUCUAUGGCUCCGUGAAUUCUGAGACUAAGGAGGUGACUGUCGAUUUUAUCUAUGAGCCCCCACAAGAGGGAAACCCUUAUGGAUUUGAAGUUCUGGACGAUUUAAAUGCAGAAAAAGUGGACGCAAUCUCAGAAGCGCUGGGGUGUGAAAAGGUUGGCUGGAUUUUCUCGCACCCUCCGCGCGAAGAUAGCGACUUUCACUUUUCGGUGCGCGAAAUCCUAUUGGCAGCGCAGCUGCAAGCUGAUGCUGGCGGCAAAAGUUCACUGUUCCUUACGCUUAAGGUUACGCUGGAUAAGCAAGGUCAGGCAUCGUUUGAGGCCUUUCAGGUUAGCAAUCAAUGUGUUGAAAUGUUUGCGGCCGGAGCUCUGAUGGAAAACGACCAUAAUCCCAAGGCCUGCGCAAUUAACGACACAUUCACGGCUCUAGUAGAGGCUAAGCCCGCCACAGAGGUGGAUAACAAUUUUUUUCUAUGUGUGGUGCCUGUCGUACCGCAUGCGUCGCCGCUACGAUGUGAAUUUCCCAAAAUCAAUCGCGAGGGUGUAUAUCAAACCCGUGCAGCACUGAAGUAUCAGCUACAAAAGUAUAGCAGCGAACCAUUUGUCAAACGGAUCAGCGACUUCCAGCUGCUGGUCUUUCUGGCGGAUUUUCUCGAUAUAGCUACAGACAUUCCAGCCAUUUGCUUAGCUAUUCGCGACCUCAACGUUUCGCUGGACUCGGGCUAUCAGAUUCUUAUUGACUCAGUUGCCGACACUCACUAG